AUGCAGCUGCUACUGGCCCCGGUAGUGGUCCUAGCCACAUUCACCCUUACCCAGCCCUCUGAGGGCACUGCCCCAGUUUCCCCUGGUCAAGUGGAGAAUUCAGUCCUUCAAAACUGCAUAGAAGAGGCCAAGUUGAUGGUGGAUGCUGCCUAUAAUUGGACACAGAAGAGCAUCAAGCAACGCCUUAGCAGUGGCUCAGCCAGCCCCAUGGACCUCCUGGCCUACUUCAAGCAGCCAGUAGCAACCACCAAAAGGGUUGUUCGGUCUGCUGAUUACAUGCACGUGGCCUUAGGGCUUCUGGAAGAGAAGCUUCAGUCUCAAGGAUCCAGACCCUUCAACGUCACUGAUGUGCUCACAGAAUCGCAGUUGCGCCUGCUGUCCCAGGCCAGUGGCUGUGCUCUCCAGGACCAGGCUGAGAGGUGCAGCAACAAGUAUCGCACCAUCACAGGGAGAUGCAACAACAAGAAGAGACCCUGGCUGGGAGCCUCCAACCAGGCUCUGGCCCGCUGGCUGCCAGCUGAGUAUGAAGACCGUAGGUCGCUCCCCUUUGGCUGGACCCCUGGCAAGAGGCGCAAUGGCUUCUUACUUCCUCUUGUCCGGGCUGUCUCCAAUCAGAUUGUGCGUUUCCCCAGAAAUAAGCUGGCCUCCGACCAGGGCCGGUCCCUCAUGUUCAUGCAGUGGGGACAGUUCAUCGACCAUGAUUUGGACUUUUCCCCAGAGUCCCCAGCCAGAGUGGCCUUCACUGUGGGUGUGGACUGUGAGAAGACUUGUGCCCAGCUGCCCCCCUGCUUCCCCAUCAAGAUACCGCCCAAUGACCCCCACAUCAGGAACCAGCGUGACUGCAUCCCUUUCUUCCGCUCUGCACCUGCGUGCCCCAAAAACAAGAACAAAGUCCGCAACCAGAUCAAUGCACUCACAUCCUUCGUGGAUGCCAGCAUGGUGUAUGGCAGCGAGGUCUCCCUUGCACUGAGGCUCCGCAAUCGGACCAACUACUGGGGACUGCUGGCCACCAACCAGCGUUUCCAGGACAAUGGCCGAGCCCUAUUGCCCUUUGACAACCUGCAUGAAGACCCUUGUCUUCUCACUAACCGCUCUGCGCGCAUCCCCUGCUUCCUGGCAGGUGAUACCCGGUCAAGUGAAACCCCCAAACUGGCAUCCUUGCACACCCUCUUCAUGAGAGAACACAAUCGGCUGGCCACUGAGCUGAGGCGGCUGAAUCCCAGCUGGAGUGGAGACAAGCUGUACAACGAGGCCCGGAAGAUUGUGGGUGCCAUGGUUCAGAUCAUCACCUACCGAGACUUUCUGCCUCUGGUUCUGGGCAAGGCCCGGAUCAGAAGAGCCUUGGGUCCCUACAAAGGGUAUUGCUCCAACGUGGACCCACGCGUAGCCAACGUUUUCACCCUGGCCUUCCGCUUUGGCCACACCAUGCUGCAGCCCUUCAUGUUCCGCUUGAACAGCCAAUAUCGGGUCUCACGAACCAACCCCCACGUUCCACUUAGCUCUGUAUUCUUUGCCAGCUGGCGUAUCAUACAUGAAGGUGGCAUUGACCCUAUCCUCCGAGGUCUCAUGGCCACCCCAGCUAAGCUGAACCGGCAAGAUUCCAUGAUGGUGGAUGAACUCCGGGACAAGCUGUUUCAGCAAGUGAGACGGAUCGGGCUGGACCUGGCAGCUCUGAACAUGCAGCGCAGCCGGGACCAUGGGCUUCCAGGAUACAAUGCCUGGCGGCGCUUCUGUGGGCUUUCCCAGCCUCGAAACUUGGCCCAGCUUAGCCAGGUGCUAAAAAAUCAGGCUUUGGCAAGGAAGUUCCUGAGUCUGUAUGGGACACCUGACAACAUUGAUAUCUGGAUGGGGGCCAUUGCAGAACCUCUUCUGCCUGGGGCCCGUGUGGGGCCUCUCCUGGCUUGUCUUUUUGAGAACCAGUUCAGAAAAGCCAGAGAUGGAGACAGAUUCUGGUGGCAGAAGUGGGGAGUCUUCACCAAAAGACAACGCAAAGCCCUGAGUCGAAUUUCUCUAUCUCGGAUUAUAUGUGAUAAUACUGGCAUCACCACUGUUUCGAAGGACAUCUUCAGGGCUAACAUCUACCCAAGGGGUUUUGUGAGCUGUAGCUGUAUUCCCAAGUUGAACCUGUCAGCCUGGCGAGGCAAAUGAGGCUUC